AGCAAACCACACAAUAUUCCCCCUUCUCUCUCUUCUUCUUCGUCUUCUUUCUUUCGCUUGAUAGAAAAAGAGAGAGUCUCUCUCUUUAAGCCGAAGCACAAGGAAGCGAAAAACAAAAGAAGAAGAAGAAGAAGGUCCUUCUUUACUCUGUUUUCAAAUUAGAAUUUGCUUCUUUAGAAGAUUCAGAAAACUAGGUGGAAGAAAGAAAGAGACAAGAGGAUCCGUUACUCUCCCUUUCAGAUCUGUUUCAUCUCUGAUGGAAGAGAAGAUGAUUAAUCAUUGCUUAGAGAAGUCCAAGAAGAUGAGAACUAUUGAAUGGUCUUAAGCAAAAGAAGAGAAAAAAAAAAACAAUUCGUUUCCAAAAAGUUGUUUUUAAUAUUUUUCUCUAAAGGUGAUGGAGGAGAUGACUCCAGCUGUUGCAGUGACUUUAAGCUUAGCUAACUCUAUAUGUGACUCAUCACCUGUGGAUAUCACUCAGCUCAAAAACGUUACUGAUUCAGCUGACUUGUUACCUGAUUCCACCAUGGAAGAUGCAGAAGAGGCAGAAACUAAGAAAGGGUGUAAUAAUGACUGUGAUGCAAGUGUUGGGGAUGAAGAGGAUGUGUUAUCUGUUGUGGAGGAUACUAGUGCUGUCAUAAGUGAAGGCUUACUAGUUGUUGAUGCUGGAUCUGAACUCAGAGCAAUGGAGAUAGAAAACGGUAGAGUUCUAGCUAAGGCCAUUAUCCUAGGGGAGUCUAGCAUAGAGCAGGUUCCUACAGCUGAAGUUCUUAUUCAGGACACAAAGGUUGAAGAUGGUUCAGGUGUGACAGCUUCUGAGGUUGUCAUUAGGUUGCCAGAAGAAAGUAGUAAUAAUAAUCUUGUGGCGAGAGGGAGAAGCGUCUAUGAGUUAGAUUGUAUCCCUCUUUGGGGAACGGUUUCCAUUCAAGGUAAUAGAUCUGAGAUGGAGGAUGCUGUUGCUGUGUUACCUCAUUUCUUGAAGUUACCUAUCAAAAUGCUUAUGGGAGAUCAUGAGGGUAUGAGUCCAAGUCUCACUCACCUCACUGGUCAUUUCUUCGGUGUUUAUGAUGGUCAUGGAGGCUAUCAGGUUGCUGAUUAUUGCCGAGAUAGACUCCAUUUUGCUUUGGCUGAAGAGAUUGAACGCAUUAAAGACGAGUUAUGCAAGAGGAACACUGGAGAGGGCAGGCAGGUCCAGUGGGAGAAAGUCUUUACUAGCUGUUUUCUAAACGUUGAUGGUGAGAUUGAAGGAAAAAUCGGUAGAGCUGCUUCUGUUGGUUCUUCUGAGAUGGUUCUUGAGGCUGUUGCCUCUGAGACUGUAGGAUCAACUGCUGUUGUUGCUUUGGUUUGUUCAUCACAUUUAGUGGUUUCUAACUGCGGUGAUUCAAGGGCGGUUUUAUACCGUGGCAAAGAAGCCAUGCCCUUAUCAGUUGAUCACAAACCAGAUAGAGAGGAUGAAUAUGCGAGAAUAGAAAAUGCUGGAGGGAAGGUUAUACAAUGGCAAGGCGCUCGUGUAUUUGGUGUUCUCGCCAUGUCUAGGUCCCUUGGUGACAGAUACCUGAAGCCAUACGUGAUCCCUGACCCGGAAGUUACAUUCAUGCCGAGGUCAAGAGAAGACGAUUGUCUAAUAAUAGCCAGUGAUGGUCUUUGGGAUGUAAUGAGCAACCAAGAAGUCUGUGAAGUAGCGAGGAAAAGAAUCUUGAUGUGGCAUAAGAAGCACGGUGCACCUCCUCUAGCAGAGAGAGGCAAAGGAACAGAUCCAGCUUGCCAAGCAGCGGCUGAGUACCUCUCAGUCCUUGCUCUUCAGAAAGGAAGCAAAGACAACAUCUCCAUCAUUGUGGUUGACUUGAAGGCUCAAAGAAAGUUCAAGACCAGAGCUUGAAAGCUUGAUGAUGAUGAUGAUUACUUUUUUUCUUUUUUACUGGGGUAAGUUUUAAGAAAUCUUCUUAUAUUUUAGAUCGUAAGAGAUCUAAUUUCGACAUGUUUUUUACAUAUAAUUUACUCAAUAUUGUUAGAGUAAAGACUGAAGAAGGUGAUGAUGAUGAUGCAUAGCUAAUUAUAAGUACAUUCCUUUUUCUCUAUGGGAAACUUGGACUCGUAUGUAUAAGAAGAAAUAGGCCAAUAUAAUGUCUUUUUUUUUCUUUCAUUUUGGGUAUUAAAGUAGAUGAAUAUGUUGUAAUGUUUUUGUGAUGUGGCUAGUGAAAUUGUAAUUGAAACUAUGUCACAUUAACCUUAUCACCUUUUUUCUUCUAACCUGUGUAGAUUGCUUAAAUGUCUUUUGAUUCUGUAACUUUAUAUACUGUAUAGAGA